AAUUGUUACAAUUAAAGAUGUCGGAAAAUGAAGUGAUUAAGAAAAACAAUUGGAGUCAAACUGAAAAGUUGAAAAUAUCGGAAGUGUCAACACAAAAACCGGAACAUGUUAAUUCAUUUGUCCAAACGAUUUGGUCAAUUGUUGAUCAAUCAUUUCAAUCCUCGAGAUUAUCAUUGACCAAAGGAUCAGCUGGACAAUCAGACAGAACAAUUAAGAUUGAUUAUCAUCGAUUACAUAGAUUUCUUCAUCGAUCAGCAUUAAUCGAAUCAGAGAUUCGUGAUAGUUGCCAAUUUGAUCAAUUAUCUUCAUCGUGGUUAAACUAUUGGAAUGGAGCCUCAGGUAAAGGUAUUAAUUGUGAUAGAAGAUUAAAUUCAAAAAUUUUAGAUUAUCUGAUUAGUGAGAUUAAAUCAUCAACUUUAUCUUCGAGUUUAAUUAUCUCCGGUAUCACAUGGAAUUCACCACAAACCACCCUGGCUGUUGUCUACCGGGUAUCACGACAUUCUGAUUGGUGUAUUCAUAAAACUUUUCUACUAUUAUGGAAUCUAUUUUCUCGUCGAAAUGAUUCCAAUAGUUCAAGGCCAAUUUACGCUUGUGAGGUCGAUAAUUGUAUCACCAAGUUAAUUGCUCAUCCAUUUAAAGGGUCAAUUUAUGUUCUUGGUUGCUACAAUGGUAAUUUAAUUGUUAUUGAUACUCGACUUUUGGAAAAUUUAUCAUCAUCGACGUCAGAUUUUCUGGUUGAUUUACCGAUUUCUCAUCGAUCACCGAAUCGAGGUGAUCUUCAUCAGGACGAAAUUAUCGCACUUCAUUGGUACAAAAGGUCGGGGAGAGUUAAUCUUGACGAGGAAGAUGAAUUGAUCAGUUUUUCUCUUGAUGGACUAAUCGUCCGAUGGAAAUUGCAAUCAACAAUCAAAACUAAAUUACUCGAACCUCUUGAACUGUUCAACAUUAUCCUUUCCGAUUUACCCAAAUCUAUGGGGCUGAAGGAGACCCUUGGGCCCUUUAACAAAGGAGUACCCGUUUUAUCAACCACAUGGGAGCCUGAUAAUGAAUUUGGAUUCAUCGUCGGCUGUGAGGCCGGUGCCGUUUUCAGAUGCUCUCUUAACGGUAAUUUAAGAUCAACCGAAGGAACUCCUGAUAGCACAAUCAGACCUUCCGAUUGGUUGCCGAUUAAAAAUCCAAUCGUAAUGUCCUAUGUCCCUCAUCGAGCGGGAGUGACCAAUGUCAAUUUCUCACCAAAUUUGCGUAACAUUUUCAUCUCUUCGGGUGCAGACAAUGAAUUCCGGGUUUGGGAUGUUUUUCAAUCGAAACCAUUGUUCGUGGUUCAUUGUGAUCUGAAUAUCAUGUCCACUGUUUGGUUAAAUACUCGACCUGUAAUAGUUACCGUUCAAGACGAUGGUUUCAUUUGUGUCUACUCAAUUAGCACCAAAUCAAAGCCAAAAUUAAUUCACCGAUUCAGUUUGGAGGAAAGGAAAUCAGCUCGAUCGAUGUGGAAAAACUUAAUCAACCAUGAUGAUCAAAUCGCAAUAACUGAUGAAAAUAAUACGAUUCAUCUUUAUUCAAUUCAUUUAACCAAUGAAAAUAUAAUUUCGGAUCAACAUUAAUAUACAACAAUCUAAUUGACUGUCACAGUUGGGAGUACAAAAUAUUGAUCGAACCAUUGAUUAUCCAAAGAGAAGGAAAAUUUGCUGCUAAUUGUGAGAAAUACUAAAAUCACCUUAGCAAAUAUGAGAUCUUUCAUCAUUGUAUCGUAUAAAUUGAUGGGCACAACAAACGCAAUAAAUUCAGAUCAAAGCUUAUGGACAAUUCUGAUCAAAGUACUUUGGAAUGAUAGACAAUUAAGGUCGAUCGGAACAAUCACUUUCAUAUCACAUGUUUUAUAAUAAGAAACUGGAUAAAACUAGAAAACGAUAAUGACUUAAUCGGCAAUUCAAUCGAGAAAUUCAUGAUAUUUAUAUUCGACAAUAUCUAAUAUGAUUCGUUAUGGUUAGAUUGUAAUCUUAAUCAUGAUGAUUUCUGCUAAUGAAAAGAUUAUCUUAAGGACUCACAAGCGUUCAAGAGCUUAAUAUGAUGGUAGAACUUAGAGAAAUCAAUUAAAUUUUACGCUGAUCCAGUUACUAUUUCUUUGAUUUAUUAAUUAUUGUAUACAAAGAGAGAUUCUUUUUCAUCGUUUGUGACAUUAAUUAAUUUUUCUCGCGAUUUUUCAACAUUAAUUUUAUACGUUUGUUAACUACAUUGUAAUAUAUUCAACUUCGAUUCGAACCAAGUUUGCGAAAUGUUUAAAAUGUUGCUUAAAACUUUUGUAACGAUGCUUCUCAGUCAAUUACUUGUUGAAUCUUUACGUGAACAAGAUUUUCGAAAAGUUUGGAUAAAUAUUAUCAAAAAUACUUCUCAUACGCUUUUUACAUGGCCAAAUUGAACAUCGAAUUGAUUAUCUCACCGAAAUUAACCAGCGUUAUCCUUUUACUACUGAAGAGGUUUUAUUCAUAAACACAACGAUUGAAUCAAUGAAAUUACUGAGCAAUUUCAUUCCUAGAAUACUUUCAACAAUAGAAACUGACUCUAAGUACGAAAUCUUAGCCAAAAUUUACAACGGAAUGGUGGAACAAUUUAACAACGAAUUCAGUUCAAAGUAUAAAAGUAUCGUAGAAAUUGAUUUUCUCAGUCCAACCAUAUCACUUAAUCUUCUUGAUGACAAUUCCGAAACAGUUGAAUCGAUUAAACAAAAUGUCUUAUACUUGAUCGAUUCAUAUUCUUAUGACAUUAAUCUCUUACUUAAAAACAGAGCACAAGAGGGAACGAGAGCUGAAUUAUCUAGAUUUUGUUUGGAUAAUUUAACUUCACUUCGCAGUGAGAUCGAAAAUUUCUCCCAGGUCUCCGGAAGUUUGUCCUUUAAGCGUUUCAAAGCUUUGCUACGACGAUUUGAUUUAAUUGUUCUUAUUGCUACCGGUUGACUUUAACUUGCGACUCAAUUGAUUUUCUGGACAUGGUCAGGGAAUAUUUGAAUAUUUUAAUGAAAGAAGAAGAAAAUUAUAAACAAUAGCAUAACAGCUACAAUCAGAAACGAUUUACAAUUAACUAGUUUGAAGCAACAAACGUCCGAAUUGUUUGUUGAUAUUGAAUGUCCAUGUAACUUUCACUUUAAUUACUUCGAAUGACAAUCAUGUUAAUUUUGUAAAAAACUCUCCUUUUCUGUUAAUUGCUGCUGGAAAUAAAAACAACAAUUAAGUUGUAAGGAUUAUCUUA